GGCGUGCGGGCGAGGGUUUCGUCUGGGCGCGUUGGGAGAGGAGAGGGCGAGGGAGGAAAGAGGGUCCUGGGAAUCGAUCGAGCGAGGCCGUGAGAGAUCCAGGGCGGCGGCGCGCGCGCGUGAUUCCUCCGGGGCCGGCGGUAAGCCCCCUCUGGCCGAUUUCUCCCCGCGGGUUAGGGUUCGUGCGUGGUCUCAUGUUGGAUAGCUGGCCACGGGCUUUAGAAGGCUUAGAUCGCGUGAGCAGAGGCUACAGGAGAGGGCGUGGUUCUUGGCGCUCCAAGCUAAAGCGACCCAUCUGGAAUCGCCGGGAGAGAUAGAGGAGAUAGAGAUAGAGAUAGAAUUUGUGGCAGCACACACACACACACAAGGGGGAGAUAGAUGUCAAAAUUUCCAAAGGGUGGGUCUCUCCGCAUCAGGGACGUGUGGGCGAGCAACCUGGAGGAGGAGAUUUCGUUCAUCCGGAGCAUCGUGGAUGAGUUCCCGCUGCUGGCCAUGGACACGGAGUUCCCGGGCGUGGUGGUGAGGCCGGUGGGUAACUUCCGGAGCUGCGCAGAGUAUAACUACCAGACCCUCCGCGAGAACGUCAACAUGCUCAAGCUCAUCCAGCUGGGCCUCACCUUCUGCGACGCGGACGGCAACCUCCCGCGCUGCAACACCGGCGAGUACUGCGUGUGGCAAUUCAACUUCCGCGAGUUCAACAUCCGGGAGGACGUUUGCGCCCAGGACUCGAUCGACCUCCUGUGCCACAGCGGCAUCGACUUUGCCAAGAACGAGGAGCAGGGCGUGGACUCGAGGCUGUUUGGGGAGCUGCUCAUGUCCUCGGGGGUGGUGCUCAACGACGACAUCCAGUGGAUCACCUUCCACAGCGGCUACGACUUCGGCUACCUCCUCAAGCUGCUCACUUGCCAGCCACUGCCGGCGUGCGAGGCCGACUUCUUCAACCUCAUGCGCCUCUACUUCCCGGUCUUCUUCGACAUCAAGUACAUGAUGAAGUUCCAUGACAGCCUCCACGGCGGCCUCAACCGGCUGGCGGAGCUGGUCGACGUUGCGCGCAUCGGGCCGUGCCACCAGGCGGGGUCGGACAGCCUGCUCACGUCCGAGGUCUACCGCCGGCUCAAGGACAGGUACUUCCUGGAAUCCAUGGCCAAGUUCACGGGAGUGCUCUACGGGCUGGGAUCGGACAAUGCCGACGCUGCUGCUGCUGCUGCUGCCGCCGCCGCCGCAGCCGCUGCUGCGAUCUAACUAGCGGCGGAGUUGCGUGAUCUAUGGAAGCGACGAGAAGAUCCAACAACAAGACUCUCUACACUAAUGUCUGCUGCUGCUCUGUACACUUGACAGUAUGGACAAAGUCCGACAUUUUUCUUAUACUUAUCACUGCUACAAUCAUCUCAAUGCUACAUAGUCUUUAUUCUUAUUUC